AGUACUAAGCACUUCAUGCCUACAGCAGAGCUAACAACAAAGAUACCCAGGACAAGGUUUUCUCCAACAACAAAAACUAUCAUGACUGCGACAACUUUGAAAGUGCACUUGCUACAACUAAGCUGCCAUUUUACAUGGGAUCUAAUAGAUGGUGAAAUUGAUGAAAUAGAAGAAAGACUGCAAAAUCAAUUGACAUAUUUAGUCAGCGAGAGGAAAUACAUGGUGUACAAUCUAUUGGCUUAUAUAAAACAUCUACAGAGUGAUUACACAGAAUCCAUUGCUAAUUUAAAUGAAGCAGAAAGGAAUUGCUUGUCUACAUCAAAUGGAACAAACUGCGAACUUCUGGUUAUUUAUGGUAACUAUGCCUGGGUGCACUACUACUUAAAUCAAUUAGAAGAAUCUCAACUGUACAUUGACAAAGCAAACAAUGUUUACAAAGAAUUAAAGCAAACAAAUGAUCCUAAAGAUAUCCCUGAAAUUUAUGGUGAGCAGGCAUGGUCUCUGUUGAAUUUUAACAAAAAACAUUAUGAAAAAGCCAAAGACUGUUUUGAAAAGGCACUCAAAGAGGCUCCACAAGAUCCUGAGUGGAACUCUGGUUACGCCACUGUAGUUUAUCGAUUGGAAGGUUUUCAAAACUUUAAAACUCCAGGUCUGAAAUGGGAAUCAUUAAAUCUGUUGAAACGAGCCAUAGAACUAAAUCGAAAGGAUUCAGUGAUGAAGGCACUUCUUGGUUUGAGAUUGCAGGACCUGAAGAGGACACAGGAAGGACUAAUAAAUAUAGAAGAAGCUCUGCAACAGACACCAAACCUUCCAUAUUUACUUCGCUAUGUUGCUAUAUUUUAUAGGAGAGCAGGGAUGAUUGAUAAAGCCCUUUGUGUUCUGAAAACAGCUGUGAGUUUAAUUCCUAAUUCAGGAUUUCAUCAUUAUCAGAUCGGCCUAUGUUACAGGAGCAAAAUGUCUGAAAAGAAAACAUUAGCAAAAUCAGAUUUUAAAAAUAUUAAAACAUACUCAAGGGAAAUACAGGAACUACUUCAGAAGACCAUAUUUCACUUCAAAAAAGGGUUGGAAUGUAAAAAAACACAUAUGUAUGCAUAUAUUGAUUUGGCCAACAUAUAUAUAGAGGCUAAUGAAUACAAAAAAGCAGAGGAAACAUUCCAGACAGUAUUGUCCUUUACAAACCUUACAGAUAAUGAAAAACAGCAAAUUCAUUUUCAUUAUGGUAAUUUUGAACAAUUUAAAAAAAAAUCUGAAAAAGAAGCUAUACGUCAUUACAAGGAAGCACUCCUCAUACCAGGCACUUUCUAUAAUAAACAAAGAUGUGAGCAGGAAGUGAAAAAACUGGCAGAGAGGAAGAUCACUAGAGACCCUACAAAUGCAUCUGGAUUCAGUCUGCUUGGGUUUGUUUAUAAAAUACAGCAAAAGUCAGCUGAUGCAAUUAAAUGUUAUGAACAGGCCCUGACAUUGGAUCCACAUAAUGAAGAAUAUUUAAGUAAUCUCAGUGAAUUGAAACUGGCAAUAUGAAGAAACUGCUGUGAGAUAAGCAAUAUGGACUUCAAUACAAACA